UAAAAUUUAUCCUUAUUUGAGCUCUUAAUUCCCGGCUGAUCAAGGAAAGUGAACGGAGCAAAUACAAAAGAAAGAGCAUGCUCUUCCCCGUUGCAGCAACAGAGCACGAAUACGAAGGCUAUGAAGAACGGCGAUAACAGUAGUUCAAGUCUCGAUUCAAGAUUCAACCAGACCCUCAAAAAUGUUCAAGAGUUGCUUAAAGGUCGCAGUAUUCCUGGUAAAAUAUUACUGACCAGGAGAACAGAUCCACCGGAAGAUCCAGGCUUACGAGACCCUUCUCCUAGUUCCGGAAGGAGCUUCUCAGAAAAUGAUGCUGGCACAAGUGAUCGAGUGGACAUGUCAAGGGAGGCUGAAGCCUGGAGUUCAAGUAAGAUAAAUAAUAAUGCAACGGCAAACAAGUUCAAACCUACAUACUCCAAUACUGAGCCUAUGUCCAAAGACGUUCAGAAGUUCCCCAUGGGGUCUAGAGCCACAGAUUCUGCCAGAGUUUUGAAGUUCACUAAAGAGCUAUCUGCUACAACAGUUAUAUUAGAGAGAUUGCGUGAGUUAGCUUGGAGUGGUGUACCACCAUAUAUGCGGCCAGAUGUUUGGAGGCUUGUUUUGGGAUAUGCACCAUCUAAUUCAGAUAGAAGAGAGGGGGUAUUGAGAAGAAAGCGGCUCGAGUAUCUUGAUUGUGUUGCUCAGUUUUAUGACAUUCCAGAUACUGAACGUUCAGAUGAUGAGAUUAACAUGCUUCGCCAGAUUUCUGUUGACUGUCCAAGAACUGCACCUGAUAUCACUUUCUUCCUACAACAUCAAGUUCAGAAAUCCUUGGAGCGCAUUCUUUAUACAUUGGCAAUUCGUCAUCCUGCAAGUGGAUAUGUUCAGGGAAUUAAUGAUCUUGCUACACCCUUUCUGGUUGUUUUCUUGUCCGAAUACUUAGAAGGAGACAUUGAUAACUGGUCCAUGUAUGAUCUAUCUCCAGAUAAAAUCUCUGACAUAGAGGCUGAUUGUUAUUGGUGCCUAUCAAAGUUACUUGAUGGCAUGCAAGACCACUACACUUUUGCUCAACCUGGAAUACAAAGACUCGUGUUUAAGUUAAAGGAAUUGGUUAGGCGGAUUGAUGAACCUGUUUCAAGGCACAUGGAAGAGCAAGGGCUUGAAUUUCUUCAAUUUGCUUUUCGCUGGUUUAAUUGUCUUUUAAUACGUGAGAUCCCUUUUCAUCUUGUUACCCGCCUGUGGGAUACAUACCUUGCUGAAGGAGAUGCAUUACCAGAUUUCCUUGUGUACAUAUACACCAGUUUUCUUUUGACGUGGUCAGAUAAGCUUCAGAAACUUGAUUUCCAAGAGAUGGUGAUGUUUCUUCAACACCUUCCAACUCACAACUGGACGGACCAAGAGCUGGAGAUGGUACUUUCUAGAGCGUACAUGUGGCACAGUAUGUUCAACAGCUCCCCCAGCCAUUUAUCUUGCUAGUAGUUAGAGAGGAAGUAAUAUUCUCUACCCGUUAACAGCUUCAAUUUGAUUUCCCUUCCUGCAACUUUUUGUAUUUAUUUUUGAGGUUGCUCAAGGAAGUUGUCAUCUGCAAAUGUACGUUUUCUCAAUGUGGUAGAGGUGAUUGGCGAGUUCUGUUAUACGAGUUGUUUUUGUGAAAUAUUUUUGUUUUCUCUAGCAUUGUAACCAUUGACCAUUGAGUGAAGAAAGUAAAGAAAAAAGAAAAAGAAUUUUUCUAUAACAA